AUCACCCCAUAUCGUAGAAACCAGCGAGCGAGUGGGCGGGGUUUGGCUAAACGCAAACAUGGCGGCGGCCUUGGAAAAUGAAUUGGACAACGAAGAUUAUUAUUCUUUACUCAAUGUCAGGCGAGAGGCAACACAAGAAGAGUUGAAGGCUUCAUAUCGAAGGCUCUGCAUGCUCUACCACCCCGACAAGCACAGAGACCCCGAGCUCAAGUUGCAGGCGGAGCAGCUGUUUAAUCUGGUGCACCAAGCCUAUGAGGUUCUCAGUGAUCCUCAGUCCAGAGCCAUAUAUGACAUAUUCGGGAAGAGAGGUCUGGAAGUUGAAGGAUGGGAGGUGGUUGAAAGGAAGAGGACGCCAGCAGAGAUCCGGGAGGAGUAUGAGCGUCUGCAGAGAGAGCGAGACGAGAGGAGGCUACAGCAGAGGACCAACCCAAAGGGAACCAUAAGUGUAGCAGUGGAUGCCACAGACUUGUUUGACCGCUAUGAGGAGGAUUACGAGGACACACCCGCUGGAGGGUUCCCCCACAUUGAAAUCAACCGGAUGCACAUAUCGCAGUCUAUUGAGGCACCAUUAACAGCUAAGGACACAGCGGUCUUGGCAGGGUCUCUCUCCACACACAAUGGAAAUGGAGGCGGCAACAUCAACUUAUCCUUGCGGCGUGUCACUUCUGCCAGAGGCUGGGGAGAGAUUGAGUUUGGUGCUGGUGAUACUCGCGGACCCCUGUUUGGAUUGAAGGUCUUCCGCAACAUUACCCCACGCUGUUUUGUGACCGCUCAGUGUGGGCUCCAGUUCUCUUCUCGCGGGGUCCGUCCCAGCGCUAGCACCAUGUGGGCACGGCACCUGGACCAGAACACCAUGGGCUACCUGCAGUGGCGCUGGGGCACCCAGUCAGCCAUGACCACCAGCAUCGUCAGGGACACCAAGACCAGCCACUGCACCUUGGCUAUGCAGCUUGGUGUGCCACACUCCUAUCUGAUGAUGAGCUACCAGUAUAAGUUCCAGGAUGAGGACCAAACCAAGAUCAAAGGGUCUCUUAAGACGGGGUUCUUUGGCACAGUGGUGGAGUACGGGGCAGAGCGGAAGAUCAGUCAGCACAGUGUGCUCUCAGCUACGGUCAGCAUUGGAGUCCCCCAGGGCGUCUCACUCAAACUCAGACUGAACAGGGCCAGUCAGACCUACCUCUUCCCCAUCCACCUGACAGACCAGCUGCUGCCCAGUGCUGUCUUCUAUGCCACUGUGGGACCACUGGUCAUGUACCUGGCUGUGCAGAAGCUGAUCAUCAUACCAUAUGUGCGAUCACAAAAGGAACAGGACCUGGAGAAACAGAGGGAAAACUCUGCGUCAGACGUUGCCAGGAAGAAGCAGGAGGCCGAGUCUGCUGUUUUGCUGAUGCAGGAGUCCGUGAAGAGAAUCAUUGAUGGGGAGGAGUCUAAGAUGGGUCUCAUCAUCCUCAACGCUUGGUAUGGCAAGUUCGUGACGGACAACAGCCGAAAGAAUGAGAGGGCAAAGGUCAUCGAUGUAACUGUCCCUCUUCAGUGUCUGGUGAAAGACUCCAAACUCUUCCUCGCAGAAUCUUCUAAGGCGGGCCUGCCAGGGUUCUAUGACCCAUGCGUGGGGGAAGAGAAGAGCUUGAAGCUGCUGUACCAGUUCCGGGGCGCCAUGCACCAGGUUCUGUCUGGAGACACAGAAGACCUCAGGAUACCUAAACAAUCACACAGGAUCGAGCCAGACACAUAGGGGCCUUCAGACGGCUGGACUGACCAACCCCACACACGGGGGGGGGGGGUGGUGAAGUUCUGGAUGGGCCCAAGCCACAGAGAAGGGAACCGAAGGGCUCCUCCUCCUUCCUCACCUCAUUUUGUUUGUUCCUCAGCCAUGUGCAGCCUCAUCCGUUCCAUUCAUAUCGCUGUCACUCAAAAACCACCUGACUCCCAGACACCCCAGAGGCCAGGAAGCCAUGCAGUGCAGACAUUAGUUUUGUCUUUAUGUACCCGCCUAAAUGAAGCGUCGAUUUGCACUUUCUUUGCCCCCCCCCUCCCCAUGAAACGCCCAAAGUGUAGUCAUAGAUAUCUCACUGGAGUUACAUAGAUGUAGAGUAUUUCAGUCCUCCAUGAUGAUGCCUCCUCAGAGCAUAUGGUUAUGAUCUCAAGAAGGCAUCGUGUAAUAGGAAAACAUGCAGCUAUGCAGGAAGAGGACAUCAAAUAUGUCUGGGUUGACCUCGUAUCCCAGACAAUAUUGUUGCCUGUAAGCUGAUGAGAGGGCCUGUAAUGUAUGUUAGCGGUUGUUAGGCAUGGUGAUACGUACACCAUCAGGUUCUGAGCAGAAAUAUUAGUCAUGUGUUGAAGCUGACAGUGCCUCCCAAUUAUAGUUCCAGAAUGGUCUGAGUCACACUUAAUUGAUCAAUAUUAUUGAUCUUGAUGACGAUAAUGUGGAUCAACCACAUUUUAAUUUAGAAAAAUGUACAGGGUCUGGUGCUAAAUGGCUAUUAGUCAAGGGACAUUCAUCCACCAUAUUUUUGGUACCUAGUAGAUAUUUGCUGUCAAAUGUAACCACAGAUAUACUCUUAUUUGUUAUUCAUGAAGAUUAGACAGAGACCACACUACUAGGCAAUCAAGUAGGUGAUAUGACUCUAUUGGUAAACCAUUGCCUUGUCUGCUGCUAAGUCUUGUGUGUAUGAAAGCUAGGGGUAACCUACAGUAGCUUUGUUAAAUUGUAGAUUGUCAACAUUGUCUAAAUUCAGUAAGGAAGAGUGUCACAAAGAGGUUUGUAAGAGGCAGGUUGAAGUUCUGAGUUGUAGUUCGUUGCUCUUUUACCGACCUAUUGAAUGAAUGAAUUCACACGGACAGUAGCACCCCUUGAGGUGAGAGCUGAAGAGGUCAGUGAGAAAUACACUAUUUGCAGUCGUUUUAUUUACUUAAGGCGUCUCAUCAAAGUACCAUCUUGUUGAGGCCCUCAUUUGGGAUUGGAAGAGUGCUAGUGGCCGGGGCUCAUGGUACACUGAACUUGACUUUGGCGUGUAGUUUCCACAGAUAUGUACUGUAGAAUUUCACUUUCUCCAAGUGGUAAGUAGUGACUUACCAUUACCCUUGCUAACACACAAGUCCUCCUUUUGUGUUGUGGUAAAACUUGUCUUUGUUGUGUCAUGUAUGUGCCAUACCUUGCUUUCUCCUGCAGUUCCUCUGUUCUGGAGGCCCCCCUCUGGUGUUGUUUACCAAGUGUGUUUGUUUUCUGCUGUGUAUCUCUUCAUGAAGACGAGCCACAUUCAAUGUUUUCUGUUGGUUUAAACUGUGAAAGUCAGUCACAUGGGCCUGACAUACUAGAGGGAACAUAUAAAGAGAGGGAUACAUAAUUUCCUUUAAGUUGAGAUGAAUGGACUAAAGUAAACUACAGCAAAUUCAUGGGAAUUUAUUUAAUUGUGUUGUGCUGCUCCAUGAAUGUGAAGGCUGUCCUGGGUUCUGUCUGGAUCUCUCUCCAACAUGCAAUAACCCACAUUAGUCAUACUGCACUGCUGCUGGUCACCAACCACUCGAGCCAUGUUCCUCUACUGAUACUUGGGCCAGUCCUUUCUUUUCCUGGAUAUUCUGUCUUCAGAACACUAUUGGAACUUGAUGGUAAGUGACCGGAUACAGUUGCAGCCUUACAGAGUAAAACAGGGGAGGGAGGGAGGGGCGAGUGAUCCCGUGUCUGCCAAACAAAUGUAUCCAUUAACGCAUGCAUCCCUGCUGUGUUCAGUGUAGCAUCAACAGUCCUGUUUUAUCCUCGUUCAUCACCCCCUCCUCCUGAAACUCUCACACACACACACAGUGCAAUCGGAAAGUGGAGGGGAAACCAGUGUACCAUGCCCACCUGAGAUGCAAACUGGACUACUCCUGACAUUACUGUUACAUUGUAGAGUUCAGACGUUUUAAAAUAUUAAAACAUCUCCAAAUA